AUGAUGGAGCGUUUGGCAUUAGCUAUUCUGCUGGCGGGUAUAGGAGCCUCCAAAACAGAGGCCUUCAACUGCACUCUGCCACUCACUCGGGUCGGCGAAAAACAAUACUAUGUGGAGAGCAAGGACAAGUUAUCCUGGUACGACGCCAAUGAGCGUUGCAUCCGAGCGGGACUCCAGCUGGCCACCGUGGACUCGGAGUACAAGUUCAACGAGCUGGCCGACUUCCUGUCCUCCAUGGGCUACCGAGGGGAUUGGGUGUGGGUGGGUGCCAUCGGCCGGCAGGGCAGCUGGCUGCAGUUCGGACCCGCCCGCCCACUGCCCUACUCCAAGUGGAACGUCGGCCAGCCGGACAAUUUGAACAGUGAGAACUGCAUGAAUCUCUACCGCAUCGGGGAGCCCUGGUUCAUGAACGAUUACGUCUGCCGCAACAAGCUGUCCUACAUUUGCGAAUAUGACAGCGCCAGGAUCUACACAAAUUAGAUAAAUAUAAAAGAAAAAAAGAAGCUUUAAAGAGCAAUCGAUUUAAUUUAUUUAUGCACGGAUUCAGGGAAGAAAAUGGUGAUUAUUCCCAUCAUUUGCAAAGCAAAUAUUAAAUCAAUAUAAUAAUUUUAAAAACGGAUUAGUAUUCGGUUUUAUUUUAGUUUGAAAAAAACAACUUUUAUAAACAAUGCACUUUACGUAAUAACUUUCUUUUUAAACAGUGUACAUUACGUAGUAAUUAAAUAACAACAAUUUAUUUAUAAAUGAA